AUGGCGCCGUCGGAGGCUGAGGCGCCCGGCGAUGGACCCUUCGGAGGUCCGGGUGGCGCCAGCGACGACGAGUGGCUGGCGGACGACUCCCCGGGUCCGACGACCGGGCCGAUCCUUGGCGCACGGGUCGGGUCAGCAGAGGGCACCGCGUCGAUGGGGGACGAGCCUCCUCGCGCGAGGGUCGAAGGCGAGGGAUCGACGCACGCGACCGCGGGCGACUCCUCCGCGGCGGGGAGCACCAACGGGGAGGUGGAUCGACCGUUCACGCCGCCGCCGCCGGCACCCGCCGACGACUGGCUCGGGGGCGCGCCCACGCCGAGCGACUACGCCCCCGAGAACGAAGCGGGGUGGUCAUCGCUGGACAACUCCUUCGCGUCGAAACCCCCGCCGUCGCCGCUCGGACCCGACACGGGCGCUGCGGCGACCGAUCCGAACGCGUCGUGGAUCGAGCACCGGGCGUCGCCCUUCGGCGGGAACGAUUCCCCGCGCGAGUCGCCGUCCAAACACAAGCCGCCGGCGAUCGCGACGACGACUUUCGCACAACAACCGGCGCAGACGUUCGUGGUCAAGAAGGCGUCGUCGCUCGGCGACCUGUUCGGCGGCGGAGGCGAGGACCUGGACGCGGACGCGUACGUCUCGCCGGUCGCCGCGCAGACGAACCCGUUCGCCUCCAUCGUGGACGACGACGACGCUUUCUUUGACCAGCUCGCCGGCGCGCCUCGGCAGGCGACGCCGCCGCCGUUCGGGGCGCCGCCGCCGCCCAACCCGACGCCGCCAGCUGUGUUGCCGCCAGCUGUGCCGCCGCCCAACCCGACACCGCCAGCCGUGCCCCCGACGUCGCAGCCCGACCCGCAGAUGGCGCCGGUGGAGCCGGUGGCGGACGGGGCGGACGCGAACCGAGCCGAUGUCGCGGACGGUUUGGCUGAGCGGUUUGACGGUUUGGCGACGACCGAGGCGCUGAGUUUGGACGCGGACCAAACGACCGAGGCGCGUUCGGCAGGGGAUGGUGUCGUUCGCCCGGUCGUCGAGGCGACGGGCGAGACGGUCGAGGGGAUCGCGACGUCCGCGACGGGGUCCUCCGGGGAACCGCGACGAACGGCUGGAGAGGAGGUUCAGCAACAGCAACAGCCCGCGUAUUCGGGGGGUGACUACGGGGCAUACACGCAGCAGCAGCAGCAGCCGCAGCCCGCGUAUUCGGGGGGUGACUACGGGGCAUACACGCAGCAGCAGCAGCCGCAGCCCGCGUAUUCGGGGGAUGACUACGGGGCAUACCACCACCAGCAGCACCAGCAGCAGCAGCCCGCGUAUUCGGGGGGUGACUACGCCCAUGACGCGGCGGCGUGGCGAGCGCAGCAGCCGCAGCAGCCGGUGUCCUCGUUGCUGCCGCAGGCGCCGACGCACGGCGCGCCGAUGCAGUUCAUGAUCCCGGGGCGGGUACCCGCGGAGCCAGACCCGCAGCAGCCAGCAGCUCACCUCGAUCCGCAGCCGCAGGCUGAUCACCAGGACCCCGCGAGCGCCGCGAAUGGGGCUCAGGAGCCGGCUUAUGCCCCGCCGCCCGAAGCGGCGGCGUAUGGAGCACCGCCAGAGAUGCCGGCGUACGGAGCACCGCCCGAGAUGCCGGCGUACGGAGCGCCGCCCCCGACUGCGGCGGCGCCGCAGUUUAUGAUCCCGGGGGCUCCCGCUCAGUUCGAGGCUCCCGUCGAGUACGCGCCUCCCGCGCCCGUGUACCAGGACUCGGCGCCCGUGUACCAGGACUCGGCGCCGGCGUAUUCGGCUUACGGGUCACAGGACGCGGCUCACUCGGCGUACGGCGAAUUAAACCCGACGGAACCAGGCUACGCCGCGUACGGAACUCCUCCGACGCAGUUUAUGAUGCCGUCCGCGCCCGCGCCCUUUCAGGAUGGACCCACUUCAUCCCUCGCCCGCGAUACCGGCGGUGACGGCGCGAUGGGGGCUCCCACGAUGGGGGCUCCCACGAUGGGGGCUCCCACGAUGGGGGCUCCCACGAUGGGGGCUCCCACGAUGGGGGCUUCCCACGGCGGCGACGCGGGGGCGGUACAUUCGUCCCCGUUUGAAGGCGGCUACUCGGCUUACGCCGCCGCCGGGUCGUCGCACGCCGCCGGCGACGCGGGGACGGCCAGGUCGCCGCACGGCAGGCCGCCUUGCCUCACGAUCGGGUUCGGCGUGGGCGGUACCCUCGCGAUCGCCGCGCCGGGGUACCCGACGCCCGGAGCGCCCCCGGCGAGACCGGGCGGCGCUCCCCCCGGAUACGUCACCGUUCACGCGCUCGCGAACCUGGUGGAAUCGUUCGAUCCGAACGGUACCGGCGUUGGCGCGACGUACCUCGCGUCCCUUGGCGCCGUGUGCGGCCCGUUCACGCGUUCGCACUCGAGCCAGCACCUGCAGAAGAUGGUGGACGACCGGAUGGCGGAGGCGAGGAUGGGUCGCGGUUUAUUGGAUGAACGAAUUCGCGACGGGUCCGCGGAGAGAGGCGACGAUCCCGAGGACCAAGCCCUGCUCUGGGGUUUGCUCCACGCCAUGGUGAAGCACCGCGGUAAGAUGACCCAGAACGUGACGGGCGCGGACCCGUCCGGCGCGGAUCCCAAGGGCCCCGGCCCGGACCUGCACGCGCUACUCCUGGGUAGCGACGCGGAUCUUAACGGAUCCCGACGAUCGGAACGGCCCGGUCCCGCGAGCGCGGCUACGACGGGCUUCUCCGAGGACCCCGUCGCUAACUCUCAGGCGCUCGCGGAGUACGAGCGCCUGCUCUUGGGGGGUAAGCGGGGCGACGCGCUUCAGCUGGCGACGUCCAGGGGCUUGUGGGCGCACGCGAUGCUACUCGCUCGUCACAUGGGGGAGCAGCACUUCGCGGCUACCGCGGCGGCGAUGGCGAGGGCGGCGUGCACCCCCGGGUCGCCGCUGCACACGCUCGAGGUCAUGUUCGCGGGCGUGCCCCAGGACCUGAUCGGAGGCGGGGCCGGUGGUAUCGGGGUCGGGCAGAAGGUUGGUGGGCACUCGCGGACUGGCAGCUUUGGCGCCGCCGCGGCUAGCCUCGUCGGCGUCGGCGAUUCGUCGUUUGGUGAAAACGUCGGCCCCGGCACAGCUGGCGGCGACGUCAGGACGCUCCUGCCGCGGUGGAGGGAGAACCUGGCCAUCCUUGCGGCUAACCGCGCGCCCGGGGACGCGCGCGUCAUGGGCGCGCUCGGGGACGCGUUGUGGUCCGCUUCGUCUGGACCCGACGGGACGGGUGGCGUAUUCGCGGCGCACGUGGCGUACGCGUUGGCUGGGGCGACGCCUCAGCCGUUUCAUCCCUCAUCGCGGCUGUGCCUCGUCGGCGCCGACCACAGGCGUAACCCGAGGACGUACGCCACCCCCGCGGCGAUCCAGCGCACGGAGCUUCUGGAGCACUCGAUGGCGCUGGCCAACUCGCAAUACGUGUUGGCUCCUUUCCAGGCGUACAAGCUGCACUACGCGGGUAUGCUGGCGGAGUUUGGCAGGGUCAAGGAGGCGUUGGGAUACGCCGAGGCUGUGGGCAGGGCGGUGAAGAACCUCGACCGAUCGAGCCCCGAGUGCAACGUCCCGGCGCUCGCCGCGCUCGCCGUGGAGCUGGAGCACCGGCUCAAGGGUCACUCGGGGGGUAAGAAUCAGUUCCUGCAGAAGGCGGCGAGCUCCAUCUUCGGCGGGUUUUCAAAGAUUUUGGACAAGGGCGUGCACUCGCUCUUUGGCGACGAGGGUGGACCGGGCGCCGGGAGGACGCCGGGGCACAGCCGGCAGUCCUCGCAGUCGUCGUCGAACGCUCCGCCGCCGCAGCAGCCGCAGCAGCAACCCUACCAGCAGAUGUCUCAGCAGCAGCAGCAGCAACCGGUGCAACCCGCUUACGGCCAACAGAUCAACGGCGCCCCGCCCUCGGCCCCUGCGCCAGGGCCCGAGCCGACGCCCACCAGCUCCGGCGACGACGGAUCCGACUUUGGCGGAAAGUCGGCACCGUCCCGCACGAACAGCCUGUGGCGAUCGGUUUCGGGGGUCAUGGGAGCCGUGGCGUCGGCGGUGCCCCUGCCAAAGCCCAAGAACCAGGCCAAGCUCGGCGAGGAGAUGAGCAUGUACUACAACGAGAAGCUUGGUCGAUGGGUGGAGCCCGGCAAGGAGGACGAGGUGGACUCCGCGCCCCCGCCACCGCCGCCCAAGUCGUUCGGCUCGGCGGCGGCGGCGCCGGUGGCGGCUGACCGCACCGGGGGCGGCGCCGCCGCCUCACCCGGGGGGGCCGCGCCGCCAAACAACUUCAGCAUGCGAGCGCCGACGGCUGGCGGGGUCCGGUCGAGGUACGUGGACACGUUCAGCCUCAGCGGGUCCCCCGCCCAGCAGCAGCAGCAGCAGCAACAGCAGCAGCAGCAGCAGCAGGGCGCAUCUCCUCUGUUGCCGGGCGCCGCGGGUCUGCUACCUCCGGGAUUGAUGCCUCCCGGGUCUCCGUUGAUGCCGAGCCCGCUCGGCGCGUCGCUCGCGCAGCCGAUGAUACCGAUGGUUCCCGCCGGCGGGGGGUUCAUGAUUCCGGACGCGGUGAAGGUUCCGGAGACGGUGCCGGAGGAUGUUGCGGGUGAGCGGGGGACGACGCCGGCUUCGAUGGAGUCGUCGCGCGCGCCCACGCCGGCGCUCCAGCCGGAGCCCGAGCCGGAGCCCGCCGCCGAACGCGAGCCCGAUCCCGCCGCGGAGCCCGAGCCCGAGCCCGAGCCCGUGCCCACGAUGGCGACGGGCACGGUGGACGACCCCGAGGGGACCGCGUUCUUCGACCGGGCGGACGACGAGGGCCUCGGCUACCACGCGCCCCCGUCCCCGCCGGCGAUUGCCGCGCCCCCAACCACGUCGGAUGCCCUAUCCGCGUACGCGGCUGGGCCCGGGGAUGAGCCUCCUCCUCCUCCGCCGCCGCCGCCGCCCGUGGACGUGUCGUCGCUCGUCCCGCCUCCCCCCGCGACGGCGGCGGCGUUGCAACCCGAUCCCCCGCCGCUUCCACCGCCGCCGACGCGCUUCGGCUCCGCGGGGGUCGACGACGACGCCGACGAGUGGGAGUCGGUCCCAGACGGCGAGGAGGAGCCCGGCGCGGCUUUUCCCGACCAACCUUCCUCCUCCGACCAACCUCCCGCGGCACCCGUGCCGGGCUCGUUCUUCGUGCCGUCGCCCGCGGGGGGGAGCCGCGCGGGUGAUCCGGACGACGACGCGGGGUUCGACACGUUAAAUGACCCAGGGACAAACGUAAACCCCGCAAACAACGCCGGCGCGGCGACCACCGCCGAGGCUGACGCCGCGUACGACUACGGGGACGUGGCGGCGUCGGUGGCGUCCCACCAACCGGCCGGGGCCCCGGAGAGCGGCGGCAUGGUGUUCGACGCCGUGCUUGAGACGAGCGGUAGUAAGAAGGAGGGGUACUACGACGAGAGGGGCGAGUGGAUCGAGGGACAGUUCCCGGGUGGAUUUUACGACGAAAACGGGGUUUUUAAUCGGGGGUACUACGACCAAGCGGGAGCGUUUCACCCGGGGUACGUCGACGCCAACGGCGAGUGGGUCGCCGCGGGUGACCGUCCCGCCGGGUUUUACAACGAGGCUGGCGAGUGGCAGGACGGACCGUUCCCCGGGGGGUUCGUCGACGCGGCGUCGGGAGCGUUCAGGCACGGGUACUACACCGAGUUGGGAGAGUUUGUGGAGGGUUUUUACGAUACAAGCGGGAACUGGGUCAGCGGGCAGCCGCCGAGCGUAUUGACGGGCGAGGGCGGGAUUGGUCCUACAGGGGGCUUGGAGGAAAAGUGGGGCGAUGUGGACGAGGGAGAGAUGACCGACAUAGCGCUCUGA